AAUAUUUAAAAUAUUAAUAUACAAUACGGAAAAUGGAUCAGGAAAAUGCAAAACCAACUUAAAACUUUGCAACAUAGAAUGUCCCAUUGCUAUAAGCACAACAUUAACCAGUAAAUCAAUAUUAUGCUCCUUACUCUCCCUAAAUUUAAUAACCUUCAUAAUAAACUAAUUAAUAACCAUACAGACCAAAUCCUUAUUAAGGUCCUAAUCUUUAAGGAGAUUAAUAUUAAGGAAAUCAAUUACUUUAAUAAUAAAAUCCUUUAUAGUAAUAAGUUAUCUAACCAAAUAUUUAUUAAUAAUAAAUAAAUGGUAUAGUUCUCUAACACCCCUAUGUUCCUUAUGUAUAAAUAUUAUUAAUUUAGACUCCACAAGUACUAUAAAAUGCUUCUGGAUUUAGAACUCCAGCCUUAGUUUAAUGUCCCUUUUGUAAUUAACAUUCAGUGACAACUACUAGCUAUAAGCCAGGAAAUGACACAUAUUUAGUGGCUGUUUUAUUAUUUUUAUGCUGUUGCUUUUUGUGUUUAAUUCCAUUAUUAUCUGGGGAUUGCAAAGAUGUUUAUCACUAAUGCAGCUAUUGUGGAAAAAUUGUUGGACAUACACCUUACAAGGCUUGCUCAUGA